AUGAGACACCUUCAUAUACAACCAGCCGCCACCACCACAACCCCCUUUCUACAUCUCUCUCUAAACCCCUCUCCACCACCACCACCAAGAACCGACACCUUCAACCAUCAAGAACCACCAUUGUCUCCACCAACCACCACCGCCCCUUUCUCUACAUCUCUCUCUACCCCUCUACACCACCACCGUCAACCAUCAAAAACCACUCCACCAACUACCACUGCCCCACCUUCCGCCAUCGAAAUAGACCCAUUAACCACCAUCAUCUCCGGCGAACAACAACAAAACACGAAACCCUAA